UGGCUGUCCGUGGUCCCCCCCCCCUGUCUCCGUCAGGACUCCCAGGGUUCCUCCGACUCUGUUUCGUCCGUCCAGGCGUGUCACUCGAUGGAGGACUGUGGGGGGUCUCCUCCUGAAGCUGAGACGCCGGUCCCUGAGAUUCCAGCUGUUCCAGCCUACAUAUCAGAGCGCUACAAGGUGGGCCGCACGCUGGGAGACGGGAACUUUGCAGUGGUCCGGGAAUGCGUGGAGCACACGACGGGGCGGGAAUACGCGCUGAAGAUCAUCAACAAGAGCAAAUGCAGGGGCAAGGAGCACAUGAUCCAGAACGAGGUGUCCAUCCUGCGACGGGUGAAGCACCCCAACGUCGUGCUGCUGAUCGAGGAGGUGGACACGUACAGCGAGCUCUAUCUGGUCAUGGAGCUGGUCAAGGGGGGCGACCUUUUCGACGCCAUCACGUCCACCAACAGAUACACGGAGAGAGACGCCAGCGGCAUGCUGUACAACCUGGCCAACGCCAUCAAGUACCUGCACAGUCUGAACAUUGUCCACAGAGACAUCAAACCAGAGAACCUGUUGGUGUAUGAGCAUGCAGACGGCAGUAAGAGCUUGAAGCUGGGGGACUUUGGCCUGGCCACGGUGGUGGAAGGACCCCUUUACACCGUCUGCGGGACGCCCACUUAUGUAGCACCGGAAAUCAUCGCAGAAACAGGUUAUGGCCUUAAGGUGGACAUCUGGGCAGCUGGAGUCAUCACGUUCAUUCUGCUGUGUGGGUUCCCUCCCUUUAGGGGUAUUGAAGACCAGGAGAUUCUGUUUGAUCAGAUUCUAAUGGGACAGCUGGAGUUUCCUCUUCCAUACUGGGAUCAUGUGUCGGAUACAGCCAAGGAGCUGAUCCGGUCCAUGCUAGAAGUGGAGUCGGAGCAGAGAUACACAGCCCUACAGGUGCUGGAGCACCCUUGGGUGACGGACGAGGGCCUGUGUGAGAACGAGCACCAGCUGUCUGUAGCAGGGAAGAUAAAGAAGCACUUCAACACCGGCCCUCAGCUGGACGGCAGCUUCUCCAUGCAGAGAUCCGGCUCCUUGGACUUCUACCAGCACCCGGCCAUGUACUGGAUGAGGCCCCCGCUCUUGAUCAGGAGGGGCCGGUUCUCCGACGAAGACGCCACCCGAAUGUGAUCCCGCCGCUGCCGCAGAACGCCACGCCGACCACCGCGACCACCGCGACCACGCCCACUCCCAGCACCCCCACGACCAGGGACGCACCGCCCAAUCACAGCCCGGGGCCUCCUGCCCCUCGGCCGCCCCCCCCCACCCCCCCCUCCACCCCCCCCUCCACCCCCCCUCCGACCCCGCCCGGGCUUCAGUGCGACCCGGGGGGGCGCUCCGCCAGCCCGGCCGGCCCCGCCCUCUCCCCCCAGGGGUCCCUUCUGGAGCCCGGGGGCCCCCUCGCCGUCCCGGCCUCUCCUCUCUUUUCUGUUUGGGGAGGGGGGAGGGGGGAGGGGGGAGGGGGGAAGAGAGACGUCGGUCCUCGUCUGCCCCUCCAGAAGGAGGGGGGUGAGGGGGGGGUGAGGGGGGGGUGAGGAGGGGCGGGGGACAGCGGGGGAAGAGACAUUGUAGAGAGACAUUACAGAGAAGCGAAGAUGGCCGAACGAGGAGGUGGAGGGCUGGCAACGAAAAAAAAAACGUAAAGACAAGAGGGGAAUGUAAAAAAAAGAAAAGAAAAAAAACGGCAUAAAAAAAAAGAGAAAAAUCUAAAUAUAUAAUACAAACGAUGUGUGGCGGGAG